AUGUCCGCAGAUGUCACUCAGAUGGAGGACCUACAACAACAGACACCUGAGAGCACGCAGAGUCCUAUCUUCGAGCCACAAUGCCCAGCUCAAUCCGUACCCGUCGCUACAAUGCUUCCACUCUCCUCCUCAAGCACUACGAAUAAUCCUACCCUAGACGCUCACAUCAUUUCACCACACAUGCAGAGGCUUCGAGACAUCGAAGCUGAUGCCAAUCGUGCUAUCCUUAGCUGGGGUUCCGGCGGUGCAGAAUCAGCUGUACCUGCAAAGCGAAAGAUCUCCGACACAUUCUCUGACAGCGACGAUGAAGACAGCGACGACGAGAAAGACCCUUCGCAAGUCCCUCCGUACGACCCAGCUCAACAGCGUCGUCCAAAGCUACCGAUGUACCACCCCGGCUUCAAACAAGCCGAGGAAGAUACUCAAGCUGUAUUGCAGGUCUUCCUAGACUUUCUAAAAGCUGCCAAGAACCGUGGAGUCUCUAGUGAAGAGGCUACGUACCUCUGGAAUGAGAUUCUGAAGAAUCGUAAUAUCCUGUACCAAAAGGAAAUCCGGAUUGCUGUGACUGGAGACACUGGCACCGGAAAGUCCGCUACAACAAAUGCUCUUCUUGGUGAAGACCUGACACCAGAGGGCGACAAUGGGGCAGCAUGUACAAAUGUCGUUACAGAGUUCCGGCAGAAGACUCUGUCUACCAAUAUCGGCGCAGUGCAAGCCGAAGUUCAAUUCUAUUGCCUCGAGUAUUGCAUUGACCUAGUAACGGACUGGGUCAAGGUGUGGCUUACCACGAGACAGAGGCUUAUAGAAGACGAGGACAGUGUCGCCGACGAAGACCGAGCGCGCAAAGAUGCUGCAUUGGAGUGCUUGGAGCACCUGUUCGCUUCCCGCGUCGCUCCAGAGUCUGUUGAGGACUUUAUGUCUUCCAGUAAAGCUCUAAAAGGCAACUUAGUAUUGGAGAAAUUCCUGCAGUGGACGGUUGACAUACACAGCAUGUUUGUGCCAGAUGGAGAGCUGUCCGUCCCCUUCGAAUCUAGUACGCACAAUGAUAUGCGUGAGCAACUUCGACCCUUUCGAAUGCGAGCUCUCAAUGCACGCUACAAAGGGAAGGUGCUACAAUUAACAUUUUUCCACAUGCAAGUUAUGCCGCUGAUAACAAACACAGAUACUAUGUCGACACAAUGUGAAAUGACUAUCGUAGUUGUGGACAUCAAGCGUGCGACAAGCGAUCAGUCUUUCCGCCAGCAUUACCUUGAUGCGCAUAGCAGGCGGCACCAUGGCAGUGUCAUCUUGUUAGCGACUAGAGCUGAUGAACUGAAUGACGAUGGCGGCAGUACGCUUCAGCUAGAUCCUGUCGCAGAGGAAAACAUUGCACCUAUUGAGGAGAAGCUCGCAGAUCUUACCAGCGAACUGCAAGCUAUCGAAGACGAGAUUGAGGCCAACAAGCAUCAUAUGAAACGACUGAAGUCCAGUGUUCAUCUUGGAAGCGCCACUGUAGAGCAACGCAGCCAGCAUGACGCCCUCAAAGCAGCAAAUAAGGUUUUGGCUAGUCGCAAGAAGACUACAAUGCCACUCGUCGCUUCCCUGGAGAAAGGGCGUAAAGACGUACGUAUUGCAUGCCGCAAUAGGCUUGUAGCCGCGAGCAUGAGUCGCAUUUACAGUCACAACACUGGCGAUGAUGCGGGCGCUGCGUCGUUCUGCGUCUCCAAUCGAAUGUAUAUGCGGCAUCGACGUGGCUACAACAUGACCAACCUAGAGAAGGCUCCCACGAUGAAGCUCGAAGACACUCAAAUUCCAGCUGCAUGCAGAUAUAUUGCGGGAAUACCCUCACAAGGACGCCUCGCCGUUCUAGAGCAUUUUAUGAGCUGCAGUAAGAGCACUGAAGCCAGGAUAGAACACAUUACCAAGAUCAUUGAUAAGACCAUAAAGGGCACCGAAGGACGGGUUCGUGGUGUCAUGAAUAAAUGGGUCAAGGCGUUUUCCAAUGAACUUACAAGCGCACUCUCAAGCCAUGAACUGCAAGAUAGGUUCGAGCGAAACGCCGAGAAGAAGCUCGAAGAACUCGCCACUAUAAAUGCGGCCUCGCAUAAGGCAUUGGUGAAUAAGAGAGGCACAUACCAACAGAAGAAGUUGAAGAUCAAUCACAAUCUGAAUGCUUCGCUGUUGGCACCUGCAAAAACCGCCAUGGAUGCCGCGUUCCGAAACGUGCUCGAUACCGCACCUGCAGCGCUGAAGGCCCAAAUGGCACAGACGAUCAAGACCGUUAUUAACGACUUGAGCAAGCAACUGAAAGACGACCCCCAGGCUUUGGCUGGUGACGCUUAUCAGCUGUGCUUCGGUAAGAAUCGUGUCGGCUACGAGGAGGAGGUCACUCUCAAGGUCGAAAACGCAAGGAAAGACCUUCACCAAGGAUUGAUCGCUAUAAAAGAAAAGGCCGUCAAGCCUGGAGACAAAGGCUAUUUCUUCAAAGCAAUGGAUGAGAUCUACGGGGCGGCUCUUGAUGAGGGGCCGGGCAAAGGCAAAAAGCUGAAAGACGUCCGCCACGCUUAUCUUGAAGAGAAUGCCAUUGGUCUUGAUGGCCCUUUCGCUGCGAUCGCCGAAGGAGUUGAAGAGGAUGUAAAGAAACUCAUCAAAAACACCUGCGAUAAGUUGCGCAAGGAAGUGGUCGAGAUGCUCAAGACAAUUCGCGCCGCUUUCCAGCGUCAGAAGAACAGGAAAGAACAGGACACUCCCGAAGGCCAGCAGUUCCGCAAGGAGCUGCAUGAACUGGUUGACGAAGCGCGGAGGAUCCUUGAGGGAGUUGUAACCAAAAGUCUGGAGAAGUGUAAGGAGAACAAGUGA